AUGUUGUCCGUCGGGCGAGGUUUUGCCUCGUCUUUAACACCUCGCCUGUUCUUCCCAGCAUCCUUACACACAUCCAGACUUCUUACUAGUCCGGAUAAUUUGAAACAGCCGUAUUUGAUCAUAUUUCCUUCAUAUGAUUUUACAGGCCACCACAGCCUUCCAGCAAAUACGAGGAUGUACAAAAAUACAAACCAUAUAGCCCUUUUCGUGUCCAACCAUCCAAUAAAGUAGAAUACGUUAUUGCAAGAAUGGAUGAUGUAGUCAACUGGGCGCGGAAGGUUGUCAUACUAUUCUUUUAUUUCGUUUUCUGUAGAAUUCAAUUUGGCCCUUAACUUUCGGUCUUGCCUGCUGUGCUAUUGAGAUGAUGCACAUGGCGGCACCUCGCUAUGAUAUGGACCGGUUCGGCGUCGUUUUCCGUGCUAGUCCUCGACAAGCUGACCUAAUGAUUGUUGCCGGCACGCUUACAAACAAGAUGGCCCCUGCCUUACGCCGAAUAUGGGACCAAAUGCCUGAUCCUAAAUGGGCUAUCUCGAUGGGAUCCUGUGCUAACGGAGGUGGAUACUACCACUACAGUUACAGUGUUGUUAGGGGCUGUGAUCGAAUAAUUCCUGUGGACAUAUAUGUGCCAGGUUGGUUUUUUUAUUCUUGUUGUUCUUCCGUGGGUUUUGGGACCUCAGUCUCAAUCAUCCAUGAUACUAAUUACAUGCAGCCCCUGUACCAUACGUCUCCUUCCUAAGGCUACCUCAGAUGCUGCAUUAAGCAUAAAAUUCCCCACUUGUCAAAGAACUGGAGACAACCAACACUGUAUAGUAUAAAGUUGUCGGGCCUUCGGCUUGCGCCUAAUCCACUUUUGAGUGUUAAGUCCAGCUGUUAGGAGCUCUUUAUGCAGCCGUUCGAGACGUUUUUGAUGGCCCAAUAUAUCCUCGGAACAUUGUUGCAGCGAGUGUGAAUCGUCUCAUUUUAGACGAACUCCGCAUGAUUCACUUAGAAGUCUCUUUCCAGGCAGUGAUAGUCUGGAGCCUCUUAGCGUUGGUCUUCAAGAUACGUUGUCCAUAAUGCAUUGCUGUAUAUAUGGGUAUGGGUAAAUUUCCCUUACGCACACAUUUUUGGAGUAACUUAAAUAUCGGAGCGCUUUCAUGCACCUUUCCAAAGAUGACAGUUCGUCCGUUGUUGCUGACGAUGUUCAUCGUGUGCUCCACAGCAAGGUGAGAGCAGGCACGGCGAAUUGCGCGCGAUUUGUUGUAUAGUGAUAGUGGACUUGCGCUGGAUUUACUGCACUCUCUCCUCCCCCACCUGAGCUCGGUGUCAAGACAUAGUCCAGGGGACCGGAGGCGCGAGAGGAUGCAGGCGGCUGGCACGGCCGGACCCGCACCCAGUGGUACCACCACACGCCCUGGUCCACAACAAACACGACCAAGAUUCUAACCAACAACAACAAUGGGGGCGCCAGGUAUUUCAAUGUGCACGGCGUGAGCCUGCAGCUGGGCCUGCGACCACGUACAGUAGCUGACGUAUCUAGUGACCUCCUCUGCGCGCGCCACAUGCACGACCUGAUCCCCAAACACAAGCGCCAGGAUUUCGCACAACAGGGGUGGGCGGCAUACAUUUAACACGCGUGAGAGUAGCAGAGGUCAUGUUAAGAAGGAGCCGUUGCAAUCUGAUCCCCAGCACACAAGUCCGCCAUUCCAUACAAACACACACAGCUGGGCGGACUGCGUGGACUGAGUUGAGGCAUCAGUCGGCAACCUUCCGAGCCACGGUGCUUGGUGCACCGUGAUAUUUUCAGACUUGGAUUACAAAUGCACCAGAGAAGCCAAAUGGGCGAGGAGCCAAGAAGCACAUUUCCCACUUACGUGAGAGGUGCCAAUUGUAUUUGUGUCGUGUGCUGAUAGGUGAUGCUGAUGUGCGUUACAGAUGCUCGUGAGGAGAGAUGUGGGGUAGUAUGGCCGGCGAUGAUCUACCACAAGUUUUCACGAAUGCGCACGCGGCCUAACAGGCCCAUGCGGCGGCUGAAUGUUCGGGAGCAGCGGCGGCAGUUGAGGAGGAUGCGGCGAGUGCAGGUUGGUGCUUCAGACACUGGUUCGCCAGUCUCCGUGCGAUAGACUCGUAGGUGAACGAGCAGGCGGGUGUAAGGUGAAUGUGCGGGGACAGUUUGGCGAGAGUAGGUCGGGAGCGUCAGAGGCGGUUUCCGUGGUGAAGAUGCUGGUGGUGGAUACACUGGGCGAUGAGGCGUUGAUUGGGCUAAGCAUGGUGAAUGUGCAAGGUGUACUAGGUGUUUUUAUACUGCGGUGAAUCCCGCGGCCGUGGAUACGUAUGUGACCAGGUAGGUUCAUGCGGAGAAGGAAUGUGCGGGGCAAUGUGGGCAGUGAAGGCGGAUGUGGCGGGUGCAUGUGGGUGCUCCAGCAACUGGUUCGCUAGCCUCCGUGUGACAGAUUCGCAAGUUACCCAUCAGGCCGAUGUGCGAGGUGAAUUUGAGAUCACAAUGAUGAAAAGUUUGGACCGAGUCCAUUGCGCUGUAGGUGAGGGUGUUGUUGUUGUUGUUGUUGAUGAUGAUGAUGAUGAUGAUGAUGAUGAUGAUGCUGCUGCUGCUGCUGCUGAUGAUGAUGAUGAUGAUGAUGAUGAUGAUGAUGAUGAUGAUGAUGAUGAUGAUGAUGAUGAUGAUGAUGAUGAUGAUGGUAGUAGUAGUAGUAGUAGAUCACGGGACGUCGGAUGUUGUUCCGGCGGUGGAGGGAGUGCAAGAGGUCCCGGUGUUGACGGAGCUGGCCGCAAUGAUCGACACAGGGAUUGGGGCAGGGCGGAUGGUGCCAGAAAUGGAUGACGACGAGGCAUCGGCAGUCUGGCCACCGGUGACGGCAGUGGCCAUCGUCACGGGAUUUACGACAGGGAUGUUCUUGGGUAGAGAAGUUGGAGUUACCAGGUUUUAGGUGCGUUGUUUCCGAAGAUGUCUUAAGAGGUUGAUUUGCGCGCGGAAUGUGCGUUGGCAGCCCGGGCAUGUUGGAAGCGACCAGCUGUUUGCAUUGAGAAGAUAACAGAAACCUGAUGAGCAGCCCAGACUCGUCCCUACUUUCAUUUCUGGAUAUCCGAAACUUGCGAUCUUUCCAAACGCUUGAUCUUCAGCCACAUUUCUACCACCCGGUGCGAAUUCCAGUCUGAUAAUAUUUUGGUUUUCACAAUGUCGAUACGCAAAGCAUUUGGUUUGCUGACCUCGUCAAGGCGGGACCUACUCGGAACUUAAUGACUUGACAUCUUUAGAAAGAUGUGAGUUUAGUCAAAGUCGGUUAUCAUGUAUUCGGGCCCAAGUCCACGAUAAUCGAAACCACACAGAACUUUAGGAGUCUCUCUGACGAAUUAGUUGGCGACAGGAUGCAUCCUUGUAGAAUGGUAGUUUCAGGACAGAUCACAGAAAAGGGCGUAGAAGUACUAUUUUAGUCAUCUGGACGGUUUUUCGGGUCGUAGCGUAGGCACCGAGACUCGCCUACCUGUAUAUUGUACAGCUAUAAUAGUGCUUUUUAUGGACGAGACCCUUCGACGAACGCAACUGGACGUCGCAUCGAAGCCAACAAAAAGGUAGGUCAGUCACAAUUCGUCAUUGCGGGCUUCUAGGGUGUGCUGUAACGUGAGUAUUUGACCUUUGUGUGUACGUCAAUUUCGGAACCAUGUCUGCCUCGGCUCACCUUUACAUGAGACGUACCCAAGAGCUAUCGGCCGACUUUACUUUGGCCCCGCCCACCGACUCGGUUUGCAACCGCCUUUCACGUGAAAAAUUGGAUUUCGUCAAGUGCAGAACCGAUCAUCCGCGCCUGAUCAGUAUGGUUUACCCACAUGCCUUGUCCUUUCUAGGGCAAAAUUUUCAUAAUUUUACCGCUUGGUCCCGGUCCCCGCUGCCGAACAGGUUGAGAUGGCUAAUUAUGGUCGUUAGUGGGCAUAGCGAAAGCCGACCCUAGUCGCACCCCUGUUCGUGUUGUCUUCUGUCUGCGAGACCAGUAUGCCAGCUGGGUCUGCGGCCAACUGACCACAAUGGAAGACAUUAUCAGGCAAGACAGCUUACAGCGCUGUCCAGGGGUCACUUAUUAGCCGGUGGGCUGUCGUCCAGGCCCUCAGGUCGAAUUCGCCGGGGAAGCGAUUUCCUGCCCACUAAGAGCAUCAGGCCUGUCACGAGUAGUGCGAUCUUGAUGUGUACCAGUUUGGACUAAAGCCGCUUUAGCGACCCGUCUGGAGACUUCCUUCCUUUUUGUCGAUUAUGCAUUCCACUUGACUCUACUGAUCCCGUAUGUGCUUCCCCACCUAGUAUUUUUUAUUCAAAUCUACUAGACACUCAUACUUCAGGCAGUGUGGUGGGUCGUCAGGCUAAUAUUUGAGGUCGAGGCACCUCGUAUUUCUUUAAUAGAGUUUUAUUCCACAACUUCCUGCUUAACACUUGAGCGAUAUGCUUUUUUACCUGAAUCCCUGCGCGUCGGCGACUACGCUGUCUCUUGUCCUUUUAGGCUGUCCACCAACUGCCGAGGCUCUUCUCUACGCCAUCUUGCAGUUGCAGAAGAAAAUCAAGUACAUGAGGACGCAGCAAUUUUGGUAUAGAAAGUAG